UUUUGGUUUGUUAGUGAACCCUUAGCUUUGCUAUCUUAACUGGGAACAAUUAAAGGUCGAAACGCACGUAAACCGUAUUGCAUUUUUUAUAUCUUUACGAUUUCUAACAUUGCGGCUUGUCACAAGCGUGUGAAAAAAAAAGGAUGUAAAUGUGAAUCGCUGUGUCUGUGGAACUGAUGAGAAACGUAUUUGUCGAUUCUAUAGCAGAAAGCGUUAGCGUGUUGCUAGCGCGGCUGUGUCCCAAAUAGCGUCGCCUCCCAAAUCGAGUGCACUAGGUAGUCUGUAAGCCGCCGUUUAUUGUGGUUACACGUUAAGUGCACGUGUAAAGGGAGUUAGCAGGGAUUUGGAUUUCGGCCUGAAGCCUCGCUCAUGCCCUCCGAAGACGCUUUUUGGAGCUCAGUGAUCCUGGACUGGCUUUUCUCUCACUCCAGCUUGUCUUUUCUUCCCUUCAUGAUGAUGAUGAUUUUAAUAUUUGCUGCCUUUACGGUCGCCUUUGUCCUGUUUCUCUACAUGAUCUCGCCUUUAAUAAGCCCAAAACCGCUCAAACUCAACGGGGCCCAUGUUGUCGUGACUGGAGGCAGCAGUGGGAUUGGGAAGUGCAUAGCCAUGGAGUGCUACAAACAAGGAGCCUUCAUCACACUGGUGGCGCGUGAUGAGGGUAAACUGGUGCAGGCGAAGAAGGAGGUGGAGAAGUGUGCAGUGAACGAUAAACAGGUGGUGCUCUGCAUCUCAGUGGACGUGUCCAAGGAUUACAGCCAGGUGGAGAGCGUGCUCAAACAGGCUCAGGAGAAGCUCGGGCCAGUGGACAUGCUGGUGAACUGUGCAGGGACGUCUGUGUCUGGGAAGUUUGAGGAGCUUGAGGUCCAACACUUCCAGAGUCUGAUGGAGGUGAACUACCUGGGCAGUGUUUACGCCACGCGGGCCGUGAUCAGUAACAUGAAGGAGCGGCGGAUGGGUCGCGUGGUGUUCGUGUGUUCUCAGGCCGGACAGCUCGGACUGUUCGGAUACACGGCGUACUCCGCAUCUAAAUUCGCCCUGCGCGGCCUCGCUGAAGCUCUGCAGAUGGAGGUGAAGCCGUAUAACAUCUACGUGACGGUGUCCUACCCCCCCGACACGGACACGCCGUCUUUAGCCGUGGAGAACAAGAUGAAGCCUUUAGAGACGAAGUUGAUCUCAGAGACAUCUGGAGUGUAUCAGCCGGAGCAGGUGGCAAAAGUCAUUGUUAAAGAUGCUGUGCAGGGGAACUUCAGCAGCUCAGUGGGUCCUGAUGGCUACAUGCUGUCUGCGCUCACCUGCGGCAUGUCCCCCGUGACGUCCAUCACAGAGGGGCUGCAGCAGAUCGUGACAAUGGGGCUGUUCCGCACCAUCGCACUCUUCUACCUGAGCAGCUUCGACAGCAUCGUGCGCCGCUGUAUGAUCCAGAGGGAGCAGAUCAAAGCUUCUGACAAGACGAAGUAACAGCCAUCACUCCACCAUCACUGCUCAUCCUCAACACACACACACGCGGGACGGGAAGGAUGAGCUGCUUAUCUGUCAGACGUGUCCUCAUCUCCACGCUCCGCCGUGUGUGUAUGUGUGUGUAUGUGUGUGUUAGAUCUUCCCACAACCCAGCUCAUAACACACACGUCUCUAUUUUGUCCUUGUCAGCGGGGGCGGAGUUUAAGAUACGUUUGACCAGCCUUCAGUUUUGCCUCUUUAACUAACAACUAACGGUUAAUUUUCCAGCUAUCAGACGUUUAUUAUCCAAA